UGAAAUAAUUUUUGUUUAAAAAAUGCAUAUACAUAUUCUAUAAUUUUUUAAACAUUUUAACUAUAUAUAACUAAACAGACAUAUAGAAAAAUGCUCUAUUAACAUUGAUUUUCCUGGAGAGUGGAAAUAGCACUUUAUACAUUUCAACACUUUAUUUUCAAGGACAUGUACUUUUUAAAUGGGAAUAUUUUAUUUUUAUUUUCAUUUUUUGAGACGGAGUUCACUCUUGUUGCCCAGGCUGGAGUGCAAUGGCAUGAUCUCAGCUCACCACAACCUCCGCCUCCCGGGUUCAAGCGCUUCUGCCUCAGCCUCCCGAGUAGCUGGGAUUACAGGCAUGCACCACCACGCCCGGCUAAUUUUGUAUUCUUAGUAGAGACGGGGUUUCUGCAUGUUGUUCAGGCUGGCCUCCAACUCCUGACCUCAGGUGAUCCACCCGCCUCAGCCUCCCAAAGUGCUGGGAUUACAGACUUGAGCCACCACGCCCAGCCGGAAACAUUGUAAACAUACGAAAGUGCAAUAGGAGAUUAGAAGUCAUGUUGAUUCUGCGUGGCUUGAUUAUGGAUGAUUAUCUUCCUCUCAUCGCGGAUCCUCAUUUUUUCGGUUUUCUGUGAUGCGCUUGUCCCCAUAUGGGGCUCUGGCGUCUUUCUGGAUCUGGAGGUCCCCAGCGCCCUCUGCCGAGGCAUCUCUUGGUCCGGCGGUCCUCAGGCUGGAGGGUGGAGCGGAGGAGGCCUGGUCGACGUGGAUGGACUCGGUGGGCUGGCGCGGGGCCCGUUGGGCAUCUUUUAAAGUUUCACUGGGAGCCGGGUGGCCGGGAUGGAGACGGCUAAGCCGUGAGAAGUUUACCUUCUACCACAGCGUCCACAGUACCCGGCUCGGCCUCAGGCCUCGGGUCCCGACGUCCUCCCCAGAGCACAAACCUACUACAGGUUAGGCCGGAGGCCGCCACAGCCCAGGGUUUCUGCCACCUGGCCCGCCCCCUCCGAGGCGCUGGGGAGCGAUUCCCAAGGGGCCUGCGGGAGCGUCGCGUCACGGGAGCGCCGCGUCAUGUGAGGCUGCCAUCCAAUCGCGGCGCGCGCUCGGCCCUGCGGGCGGUGGGCGCCAGGCACAGUGGCAGCAGGCAACAUGGCCGAGAGGCCGCGGCCUUCGGGCGGCGCCGUGUCCGCGACCGCCUACCCUGACACCCCCGCGGAAUUCCCUCCGCACCUCCAGGCGGGUGCCAUGCGGCGCCGCUUUUGGGGCGUAUUCAACUGCCUGUGCGCCGGCGCGUUCGGGGCCCUGGCCGCCGCCUCCGCCAAACUGGCCUUCGGCAGCGAGGUGAGCAUGGGUUUAUGCAUCUUAGGCAUUAUUGUGAUGGCAAGCACCAAUUCUCUGAUGUGGACCUUCUUUAGCCGGGGCCUCAGUUUCUCCAUGUCUUCAGCCAUUGCAUCUGUCACAGUGACUUUUUCAAAUAUUCUCAGCUCGGCCUUCCUGGGCUAUGUGCUGUAUGGAGAGUGCCAGGAGGUCUUGUGGUGGGGAGGAGUGUUCCUUAUUCUCUGCGGACUCACCCUGAUCCACAGGAAGCUCCCGCCCACCUGGAAGCCCCUUCCACACAAGCAGCAGUAGCACCACUUGGCUGGACGGACCAGCUGGAAAGAUCAUGAUGGUGGCCCAGCCUUGGGAUGUCAUGUGGAACUGUGUCCUAAGGCAAUCCAGUUGUGCAGCCUUCUCACCAUCAGCCAAGGGAAGCAGGCCUCUGAUGGAGCAGGCUCUGGCUCCGUAAGGAGAGGUGCAGCCACACAGUGUUCUACCGGAAGUGUUUUGAUCAUCUGUACAGUGCUUUGGAUUCUUGCUCCCAGGCCGACCCCAGUGAGCCUUCGCAGAUGCUGGAGAUCCUGGGGUUGGUCUGCUUUGUGUAUGGUACUUGAAACCACGCUGUAAUUAUUGUCCUUUUGCCAAACAAAAAUCAGUCAUUUAACUCUAGAAACAGUGACUGGUGGGGCUUUCUGACAAUUCCAUGCUGAUGUAUCAGGCCAUCUGUGUCAUGCUUAUGUAUUAUGGCAAGAAGAGGAAAACUGGAUUAAUAAAUACUUUUUUUGUAAGUUAAAA